AAACCCAACACUUCUAAUGUUUCUAAGUGGUGGCGGGGAAAUAGUGGCGGUGGCGAUUUGGAUCUGCAUGCAAAAAGGAGAGAAGGAGAAAAAGGACCCUUGAGCAUCCAGGGCUGCCAGGUUUUGCUUCUUCAGGAGGGGAAGCCCCACUGCCAUCGCCAGCCUCUUCCUCCUCUGACGCUGGAGAACCAGACCAGCUGAAACGCUGCCUUCCACGAUGGCAUUCCCCACCGAUGGUCAUCAAAAACCAGACUUUACAAAGCCAGCUGCCUAGAAUUCCACACGAAAGGGACCUCCGUCUUCAGAGCCUUCCUUGUAGCAAUUUGAGUAAUUUCUGCACUUCUCCAGUCUUUCUGGUGAAUUUGGCCUGCGGCUCCCAAACCUGGCGCAAUGUGAUCCUUGAGGGGUCCAGGAGGACAUUGAGAGCCACGGAGGCGCAAAAGAUGUGCCCAAGGGGGACAUAUCUGACACCGUUGGACUGCUACAACAUCAGUGCGCAAUGCAAGUGUGAACGGUGCCCAAGUGGAGAGUUCCAGGCGGAGCCCACCUUGGAAACGGAGUGCAGCCGUUGUUCCCACUGCGAACCCAAAUACGGACAGACGACGCUGAGGAACUGCACAGCCCUCCGAGAUGCAAAGUGCGGCUGUGAGCCAGGGCACUACAAGAUCCCCGACUCCAUUCCUGGGAUGAACAUCUUCACUUGCAAGCCCUGCCUCCGCUGUGCCAGCCUCAACAGGAAGACCCAGCAGAACUGUUCAGAGGAGAGAGACGCAAUGUGUGGAGAGUGCCAGCCCGGCUUCUGUCCCUCCGGAGCAGAGAGGUGCCAGCCGUGCCCAAGGACGAUGGCGCAGAAAUAUUUCUCAACGGCCGGACCGCCGUUCAGAGUGACCAGGAGCUUCAUACAAACCAGUCAGACUCCUGGCGUCGAAACCUGCGGCAAGGACUGUCAAUCAGCAGCCAUUUCUUGUGGGAUCCUGCUGCUGGUGCUGCCGGCGUGUUUCGUUCUCUGCUGGAAGAGGAGCCGAUGGACCCGGGCCUCUUUCCCCGGCGGGGCUGGAUCCAAAGUGCUUCCAGAGCAAUCCUGUUUGGCGGCGCCAGUGAAUCUUGCAGGCCAUUCAUUGACCACAGAGACGGAGGGUGGUUUCCCUCGCGGUGGAUCCCUCCAACAAGGCCGCAAGCUGUACGCCGUGAUCGACGCGGUGCCCGUCCGGCGCUGGAAGGAGUUUGUGCGUGGCCUGGGCCUGUGGGACAGAGAGAUCGAACUGGUGGAAGUGGAGCACUCCCAGUUCCGGGAGCAGCAGUAUGAGAUGCUGAAGCGCUGGUGCCAGAAGGAAGGGGCCUCCGCGGGCACCAUCUUCGCCGUCUUGGAGGAGAUGCAUCUGGGAGGAUGCGCCCAGGAACUGCGGGAGCAACUGGCGCAGCUCCACCGCCCACUGCGCAGCCCUUGAGCCGCGGAUGGAGGGAACAAUGUGUUGCACACCUGCCUUGGACAAACUGUACUUGCACCCAACCUUACCAUCGCCAGCAUUGCUAAGACUGAACUUUGAGACUUUUCCAGGGAAACGAAUGGGGUGCCAGGGAUGCCCUACCGUUCUGUGUCUCAGGAGGUGAUGUUACUUUGGGCUGCCCACCUUCCAUGGAAAAACUAUUUGUCAAAGUUGUGGGUGGAAAUAAAGCAAGUGGCAUUAGAUGCCUCACUGGACUUUACCAUCUGAUGUGAGAAAUGGAAAAUUUGGGUGAAACUAAAGAUCUCCUUACUCUGGCCAAGCUUCCCAGGAACCUCUGAGACACAACAGCCAACUACAAAUGAUAGGAUUAUGCCGUUUAGCUCUUAAUAAUUUAAUGUGUGUAUAUGUGUGUAUGUGUGAGAGAGAGCAUUUGUGACUGCAAAGGUUUUUAGCCAUGGAAUCUGCAUGUUAGACAUGCGAUGAUGGGAAACAACAGAGGAGCCUUUCGCCGCCUCUGCAGAAAAGAACGCGCCCAUACAGGUAUGGAAGCCGUGUAGACAUUUUAUGUCACCUUUUAAUCAAAACAAUAAACAGAAGUGUGUAAGGUCUCUCCUGCCCUCAAGCGGCAGAAACUAGCUCCUCGUAUUCUUAGAGGGAUGUUUGCUUGUAAUGUCUAAGGCAAUUGAGACGCGCCAAAGGAUCCCUGUGCUUCCGAUCUUGCAAAGCAAUAAACGCAAGCAAGAAUGCCUCCCGUGUCCCCUAAGAGGGCAUUUUUAUUAAUAACGUAGUAUUUUAAUUUUAUUUCAUGGAUGCAGACGUACUGUGUGGAGGAAAAUGUGUCGGCAAGAGCGAAAUCUUCUUGGUUUGGUUCAAAAGUCUUCUUGGUAAAAUCCCUGUCUUCUUGGUUUGGUUCAAAAAGGGCACAUUUAUCACACAGGGACAAUUGGAUGCAUAAAUGAGAUUAUCCACUAAAAAUGGCCCAUUUGCAAUUAAGGUGAACUGAAAAGCAAUUAAAGUGCCAUUAACCU